CAACAAGAAACGCAGACUACGUGGCACCAGAAAGGAAGAGGCGACGCCAAAGGUGUCUCCCAUACACAUGCGUAUCUAUGGUGUUUCUACAAGCCCUGGAACAUGGAAAAAUAUGAAAAAAUAAAAGUAGUGGGAAGAGGAGCUUUUGGAAUUGUUCACCUGUGUCGCAGACACAGUGAUGGGGCUUUGGUGAUCCUGAAGGAGAUCCCGGUUGAGCAGAUGACACGAGAUGAGCGGCUCUCUGCGCAGAACGAGUGCCAGGUGCUGAAGCUGCUCAAUCACCCCAACAUCAUUGAGUACUAUGAGAACUUCCUGGAGGACAAGGCACUCAUGAUUGCUAUGGAGUAUGCGCCAGGUGGGACCUUGGCUGACUACAUCCAGAAGCGCUGUAACUCCCUGCUGGAUGAGGACACCAUCAUGCACUUCUUUGUGCAGAUCCUCCUGGCGCUCUACCAUGUGCAUAACAAGCUCAUCCUGCACCGGGACCUCAAGACCCAAAACAUCCUGCUGGACAAACACCAGAUGAUCGUCAAGAUUGGGGACUUUGGCAUUUCCAAGAUCCUUGUCAGCAAGAGUAAAGCUUACACGGUAGUGGGGACUCCGUGCUACAUCUCCCCUGAGCUGUGUGAGGGGAAACCCUAUAACCAGAAGAGUGAUAUCUGGGCUCUGGGCUGUGUGCUGUAUGAAUUAGCCAGCCUAAAGAGAGCCUUCGAGGCAGCGAACCUUCCUGCCCUGGUACUGAAGAUCAUGAGCGGUACUUUUGCUCCGAUCUCGGACCGGUACAGCCCAGAGCUCAGGCAGCUGAUUCUAAACAUGCUGAAUCUGGACCCGUCCAAUCGACCGCAGCUGAGCGAGAUCAUGGCUCAGCCCAUCUGUGUUCGGCCUCUCCUCAACCUCUGCACCGACAUUGGCAACGUCAAAAUGCGCAGGAUCGAGAAGCCGCUGUCCUCUGUUCAGGCAGGUGCUCAUGGGAGACCAGGAGCUCGAGUCCCCAGCAGUAGGUCCAGAGGCACAGGAACUAUGGGACAUCCUCUCCCCCUGUCCUCUGUCUACACCUGGGGAAGUGGCAUCUCUGCACCCCUCCGCCUACCCAUGCUCAACACCCAGGUGCUGCAGGUGUCUCUGGGCCGGACACAGAGAAUGGGCGUCACCAAAUCCGGCCGCCUCAUCACCUGGGAGGCUCCCUCUGUGGGGUGCGGAGAGCCCUCUCUUCCCGGGACGGUGGAGCACAUGCAGCCACAGUUCAUCUCCCGCUUCCUGGAGGGGCAGUCAGGUGUUACCAUCAAAUCUGUGUCCUGUGGGGACCUCUUCACCACCUGUAUGACAGACAGAGGCAUUAUAAUGACAUUUGGGAGUGGAAGCAAUGGCUGCCUUGGACAUGGAAACUGCAAUGAUGUAACUCAGCCCAAGAUUGUGGAGGCUUUGCUGGGAUACGAGCUGGUACAGGUGUCCUGCGGGGCGUCACACGUUCUGGCCGUGACCAAUGAGAGGGAAGUGUUUGCUUGGGGCAGAGGGGAUAAUGGCCGUCUGGGUCUGGGCAGCCAGGACUCACACAACUCCCCACAGCAGGUGUGUGUGCCGCCGGAGUUUGAGACCCAGCGCGUGCUGUGUGGGGUGGACUGCUCCAUGAUCAUCAGCACUCAGCACAGCAUCCUGGCCUGUGGCAGCAACAGAUUUAAUAAACUAGGUCUGGACAAGAUUGAUGGUACAGAAGAGCCGUCUCCCUCCAAUCAGGUGGAAGAAGUUACCACUUUCAGCCCAGUCAGGUCAGCUCCUCUGAACGUUGAGAAGAUUGUUUACAUUGACAUUGGAACCGCCCACUCUGCUGGAGUGACAGAGAAGGGCCAGUGCUUCACCUUUGGGAGUAACCAGCACGGGCAGCUGGGCUGCAGCACCCGCAGGGCCAGCCGGGUGCCCUACCCAGUGCCGGGGCUGCAGGGCAUCGUCAUGGCUGCGUGUGGGGAUGCGUUCACAUUGGCCAUCAGUGCAGAGGGUGAGGUAUACACCUGGGGGAAAGGGGCCCGUGGCAGGCUGGGAAGGAAAGAGGAGGAUUCUGGGAUACCAAAGGCAGUGCAGCUCGAGGAGAGGCAUCCGUACACUGUUCUGUCAGUGGCCUGUUGUCAUGGAAACACUCUCCUGGCUGUGAAACCUUUUAUAGAGGAGUCUGUUCCCAGGUGAUCCUCCAUGCCACCAGCCUGGAUAGCCAGAGAUCAAGAUGGAUUCCUAUAAAGUUCCUCUAUACAUUUCUGUUAUGGACAGUUUAUCAGCCAGUAUUACCUUAUUAUAAGGAAAUGUGAUCAGUGUGAACUACCAUGGUGUGCGUUGUCCGCUUUUGACAUCUCCAAAAUUUGGCAGGGCAAAUCCCGAAUACAUAACCAGAGAUGAUGUGGACCCGCCCGGCCCAUAGAAAAGCAAAAGACUG